AUGGUGGAGUCCUCAAUGAUUCCCUGCAAGGGCUGCACCCCCUGGCAGGGACUACUCUUCACAGUCUCCCUUUUAACCUGUUGGUACCGGCCCACCACUGCCCACGUCACCAUUGAAUCAGUGCCUGCCCAUGUGGUUGAAGGAGAAAGCAACCUUUUUCUUGUCCACAAUCUGCCAGACAAUCUUUUAACCAUAUCCUGGUUUAAAGAAGAAGCAGAUAUAGACCAUAAAAUUGCGACCUACACACUGAAAUACAAUAUUGCUGUGCCGGGGGCAGCACACAGCGGUAGAGAGACCGUGUACCCAAAUGGAUCCCUGUGGAUUCAAAAUGUCACCCACAAGGACACAGGAUUCUAUAUACUAGAAACCAGAAGUAGAAAAGUAAAAUUUAUAUCAACAAUAUACAUACACCUUCAUGUGUACACCUCUGUUUUGAACUGUGGGCGUCAUCUCACCUCUGCCCAGCCAACUAUUGAGUCAGUGCCACCCAGAGUUACAAAAGGGUCAAGUGUUCUUCUAGUGGUUCACAAUCUCCCAGAGAAUCUUCGAGCCCUUUCCUGGUAUAAAGGAAUUAAUGUGUUCAAAAACCAUGAGGUUGGCCGACACAUAAUAGCUAAGAAUUCAAGUGUGCCAGGCCCUGCACACAGUGGUCGAGAGACAGUGUACAGCAAUGGAUCCUUGGUUCUCCACAAUGUCACCUGGAAGGAUGCUGGAUUCUACACCCUAUUAACUCUGACCACAGAUCUGGCAGCUGAAGUAGCUCAUGUGCAGCUCCAAUUGGACACCUCCCAUUGUGGAUACCAUCCCACCUCUGCCCAGCUCACUCUUGAAUCAGUUCCACCUAACAUUGCUAAAGGUCGAAGUGUUCUUCUAGUGGUUCAUCAUCUCCCAGAGAAUCUUCGAGGUAUUUUCUGGUACAAAGGAGAUCGUGUGUCCCAGAGCCGUGAGAUUGCCAAACAUAUAAUAGCCACAAAUUCUAGUGUGCCGGGUCCUGCACACAGUGGCAGAGAGACACUGUACAGCAAUGGAUCCCUGCUGCUCCAUAGUCCCACCUAUAAAGAUGCCGGAUGGUACACUCUCCUAACUGUAACCACAGAUAUGAAACCUGAAAUAGUGCAUAUUCAUCUCCAGUUGGACACCUCCCUUUCUGCUUGCUGCAAGGAUGUCACUUCUGCCCAACUCACCAUAGAACAGGUGCCACGGGAUGCUGCUAAAGGGGAAAGCGUUCUCUUCCUUGUUCAUAAUCUGCCAGAAGAUCUUCAAACCUUUUCCUGGUACAAAUCAAUAUAUAGCACCCACGUUUUGCAAAUUGCAGAAUACAGCAGCGUCACAAAUUCUAUCACCCAGGGGCAUGCCCACAGCAGUAGAACCAUAAUGUACAGCAAUGGAUCACUGCUCCUCCAGAAUGUAACAGAGAAAGAUGCAGGAUUCUACACACUACAAACUUUAAACAGAGUUUUCAAAACUGAAAAAAUACACGUGGAGCUCCAUGUGAACCCUUGCCGGCUCCCUCCCGCUCAGCUCACUAUUGAGUCAAUGCCACGCAAUGUUGUUGAAGGGGAAAAUGCUCUCCUACUUGUUUAUAAUAUCCCAGAGAACCUUCGAUCCUUUGUCUGGUAUAAAGGGAUACCAAUUGUUAAAAGUACCAAAAUUGCACAGAAUGUAGUAACCAGUAAUAAAACUAUGCUGGGGCCUGCACACAGUGGAAGAGAGACUAUGUACCCCAAUGGAUCUCUACUGUUCCAAUAUGCUGCCCAGAAGGACACUGGAUUCUACACCCUACGAACCUUAAAUGCACAGUUUGAAACUCAAGAAGCACAUGUGUACCUCCACAUAUACAAGCCUGUAACACAGCCCUUUAUCCGAGUCACCAGCACCAAAGUUACAGUGCGGAGCUCUGUUGUGUUCACCUGUCUCUCAGCUGACACUGGAAUCUCCACCCAAUGGAUCUUCAAUAACCAGAAUCUGCAGCUCACAGACAGGAUGACCCUGUCACCGAAAAAGUGCCGACUCAGCAUAGAUCCUGUGAGGAUGGAGGAUGCUGGAGAGUAUAAGUGUGAGGUCUCCAACCCAGUCAGUUCAAUGACCAGUCUCCCAGUCAGGCUUGCUGUAAUGAAUGAGUGA